UGAGUUGAGUAAAACAUUCUACUUUAUCUAUCUGUUGAUAAGAAAUGAGUAAACACCAGAGAUUUUGUUAAAUUACCGGUAAAAUAAAACAAAACAAGUCAGCAUUGCAUUCACACACACACACACAAAAAGAAACUCUACGAUGCAUCAGUCAUCUUCAAAUUCUAUUGAUGUUAGUGACACUUCUGAACUAAGUAGUAACAAAUCUGACAUCAAUAACAACAAUAUCAAUAUGAAUAUACCAACUAAUGGGAAAGAGAAACUAUUGACUGAACAGUUAAGUGGUUAUGAAACGAAAGUGAAUUCUGCUAUCCCAAUUAAUUUCAAAAGAUCAAAUAUUUCAGUGAAAACAAUAUCAAAUCAACGUACCACAUCAGUAUCAUUUUCUGACUGUACACCGAUAGUCUCAGCAAACACCUCAUCUUAUGCAUCUUUUGAAAACUUGUCAGCCAACAAUUCAUUAACACCUUCAGCAUCGACUGUAACUGAGAAUGUGAUAUCGACCACAGUUAGUACCGCAAAGCCAGAAACAAUGAACAAUAAAGACGAUGGCAAAAUGAGAAAAAAUCUUCCAUCCUCUCGUUUAUUUAAUGGUAAAAAGAAAUUACAACGCCAAUGGGCUACAUGUAGUUCACUGUAUAGUACAAAUAAUGUUAAUACUACUAAUAGUAUUCAGUAUACUACUAAAAGUAACGGAUUAUACGAAACUCCGUCAUCAUUUACGUCAAGCCGGAGAUGUGGAACAACAGAGAGAAAGAUUAAAUCUUGUUGGUUCUUUUUAAGGCGCCAGUCUUCAGACCGUGCAAUUGACUGCACAGAAUAUGGAACCAACUGGUCACAUAAAUCCAGAGUUGAUAACAGACGAAAAUUAUUCCGGAAGCUUGGAUACAAAUCAGCAAAUGAGAUGUACUUAUCAGAAAAUACUUCAACACUGAGUGAAUCCAAUGGAUUUAUUAAUAAUGCUGGAAGAUUUCGUUCUGAAAUUGGUGUAAUCCCAUGUAAAAAGGUAAAAGAAACGUCACCUGGACAUCCUAACUGUGUAUCAUUUGACUCAUCCUUAAAAACAAAAGAUUCACCAUCUUCAUUAUCAGAAAAUCGUCUGUCAAUGUUAAAUUUUGAAGAUAAAGUCAGUGACGAUCUGAUUAAUGAAGACGUAGAGGGGAAUAAGGAUUAUGAACGCAUAUUUGCUUCAGAAAAAGUACAAACUACGGACAGUGAAGCCAGUCUGCGCACAAAUAAAUUCAGCAGUAAUCUAGCACUUGAUAGUUUCAGGAAUACAUUAACACCAACAGUAGCAUCGCAACAGUCAGAAAAACGUCAACUACAACAAUCCUCCUAUGAUACUGGUUUAAACCAAUUAUGCUGUCCUACAACUCAAACAUCUAUAUCUAUACAACAGUCUCAGUCAUUUGGAACAGGAACAGCUACUGUAACUAGUUAUGAUGAUAACGAUGAAUACUUUUCAUUCGAACAUGAUACAAGUGCAUUUUAUAACAGUAGCACUGGGAGUAAUUUCAAGUCGACAAGUACACCAUUGCAUUUGGAAAAUCCUGAACGAGAGACACGAUGGUAUUUCAAGUAUUUUCUUGGCAAAUAUCAUCAACUGUAUUGUGGUUAUCUUACCGAACGUGAUCCAUUUCUAUUGGCUGUUGCUAAAGAUGAUAUACAAACUUAUGGGAUUAGUCAGUAUCGUGCAAUUCUGUGGAGAAAAACGGGAAGUCAAAAGUUGUGUAUUUCCUACAAUCCAACAAAUGCGUUAACUGCAAAGAAGGUUUUAAACUUUUUCGAUAUCCAUCGUGUAGAAAAAGGACCACGGGAAAUUCUUAACUUUGAGGUUCAAAAGGAUGCUCUCACUCUGGAAGAGCAAGAGGGAUCUGUAAAUUUCAAGUUUGGAGUACUUUAUUGUAUCGAAGGCCAAACAUCAGAUCAAGAGAUGUACAAUAAUGAAAAAGGAAGUGAACAAUUUGAACGUUUUGUUAAUCUUCUUGGGGAAAGAAUUGGUUUAAAAUCAUGGGAUCGAUUUAAAGGAGGUUUGGAUACCAAAACAAAUACAACUGGCAUUGAUUCAGUAUAUACAAUAUAUGAAGGUCAUGAAAUCAUGUUCCAUGUGUCCACCUUAUUGCCUUACUCAACAGAGAAUCGACAACAGAUUGAAAGAAAACGACAUGUUGGCAAUGAUAUAGUCAAUAUUAUAUUUGUCGAUGGGUGCCCACCAGGACAACAACCAUCAUGGACUCCCUCCAUGAUGAGGACACAUUUUACUCAUAUUUUCGCGAUUGUUACGUUUGAUACAGAAGCUGAGGUUUACAGAUUAAAUAUAUUUGCUGAAGAAUCUGUUCCCUUUUUUGGACCACCUCUUCAUAAUCCUCCAGAAUUUAAGAAUCCUCAAGAAUUUCGUGAAUUCCUUUUAGUGAAGUUAAUCAACGGUGAAAAGGCUGCAUUCAGAUCCCCAGUGUUUGCACAAAAACGUCAACGAACAUUAGAAAUGUUACUGAAUGCAAUUUGUACAACAUAUGCAAAUGACACCAAUAAUGGAGCGAUUUACAGACGAGCAUUCAGUGAUGUUGUAGUGGAUUCUUUCAAUGGAGUAACAACAAGUAAAGAACAAAGCCGUAACGAUGCAUAUAUCAGAUAUGGACAAAUGUUAAAGUUGAACACAAUAAUCAGAGGUGAUGCUCCAACAAGCUCAAUAACUAGUGGGCAAUCAAAAAAGAAUCUAUGGCAACCAAAAUUAAUACACAAAUGUACUCAGUCAGAAAUUAUAUGUGGUGAUGUUUGGGGUGACAAUUUGAUUAUAAGCACUGAGCAAGGCACUUUUGGAUUUAAAGACCAUGAGCCGCCUGUUCUGCUGAUCGAUAAAAGCGUAGAAGUGAAACAGUUGGAGGUCGCACAGUUUGAAUUAUUGAUAAUUCGAUAUGAUAAAGGUCGUGAAGCAAAAGUAGCUGUUUUACAACUUAACUGCUUAACAUCCACUAAACCGGUGGAUAGAUCACAGGCAAAAAAGCUCACCUUAGAAAAAACAAAAGGAAGUCAACUGUUCACAGUUAGUAAGAGUCCUAAUCAUCCAUUAAGGUUAGCGAUUGCAGUGCAUCGAAGAAUCAUAGUCUUCCAAUGGCAUUUAUUUACUGGACGUUCUUUAUCAUCAUGGAAUCAGUUGGCUCAACCAGAUCCCAUUGAAAACUUUCAAAUUAUGCGAGAAGUUCAUUUAAUUGAACCAGUUCAAACGUUAAGCUUUGUAGAAGGUAUUCCUGGAGGAAGAUUAUGUGUAGGAUAUAGAAAUCAAUUUAUUUUAGUUGAUGAAAAAAAUAAAGAGACAAUCCAGCUAUUUCGUACAGAAGGUAGUCGAAAUCAAGUUGUCUCAGCUUUAGAAUUAUGGGCUGAUGAAGAGCAUGAAUUAUUAUUGUGCUUUACAAGAACCUGUCAUUUUCAAAAACUUUAUUUAACUUCAUCAUCUGGUAUCGGAAGUCGUCGUCAAGCUCCACUGAUCAACAGCCCUGUUGAUACAAGUUUUAACUGGAAUAUGAAAACGACUAUGGAAACAAGCGCAGUCAAAUCAUCACCAUCUUUAUCUCAAACACAAGGGUCAAACUCAGUAGACUCACCUAGUCCAACAGGUGGACCAAUAGCCAGAAGUUGCUCACCAGAUCCUCUGUUUCAUCCAUUGAAUAUCAGCGCAUCAUGUGAAGAAAAAGUGAAGACAAGUGACUUUGAUUUUGCAUGGAACUUUGAACCACAACAAGUUGCUGUAUGUUUCCCAUACAUUUUUGGAUUCAAUCCAGCUGCCAUUGAAAUACGUUUAUUGAUCAAUGGAAGUUUAGUGCAUACAAUGCUAGUAACUGAUUGUAGAUUGAUCACGGCUAAGGGUGAUAUAUACUUCACAUCAACUUCUGAAACACUGGACUAUGAAACUGGUCCAGCAGUCAGCAAUACUAAUAUUAUUAAUAACAGUAGUAAUGAAAACCAAAAUAGUAAUAAAUCCUUACAACAAGAUGAUGGACAGUCUAUAAUUAAAGCAUUGGAUCAAAUGAAUUUAGAUGAUGGACAAAACAGUAACUAUUUAUCAAAUAGCGGCAUAAAUGGUGAUAUACAGAAAAAUCCCUCUCUACCAGUCAGACAAUAUUAUCAACGACAACAACAAAGUGAACCACAGUCAAGUACAUCUUCAGCUGCCUCUAUCACUUCUUCCGGUUCAAGUAUGAAUUCAUAUGGUGGUUUACCUGGUUCUGUUAGAUUUUUCCCAUCAAACUCAAUAGCCAAUACAUCAUUAUCCUCAGUGGCAUCCUCCUCGUCGAUAGCGCAUAUAUGCAGUUCGGUUAGUACUGAUCUAAGUCAACUGCAAACAAAUUUCAUCUAUAGAAUACCAAUUUAUAGUUUAAAUAAACAAAUGAACAGUAAUGAGAAUAAAUAAAAUAUACAGAAAAAAGUUGAAAAUUUAUUGUGAUAAAUUGAUUUUUUAAAAAGAAAUAUUACUGCUAUUAUCCCGUAACACUUAACAUUAUCUUUGUCUAUGUCUUCUGAGCUCAUCGUUUCCUCCAUCCCCACUUACGCCUGAUGACGGUUACUUUGAUGGUGGAAAUGAAGAAGUCCAGAAAGACAAAGAAUUGUUGAAUAAAGUGAUCCAUGACAUUGACAUCACUUAUGGAUAUUAUUUUACGUGUAAUAUCUUCUACAGAUAAUACUAGCGUCCAUAUUUUACAACAAUCUUUACACACACACACACAAGUGCAUAAAACUGUUCAUUAUUCUAAAUCCUAACACUAUGAUAGACAGACAGAGAGAGAGUGUGUGUGAAUACAGAUCAGCAUUUAUAAGAGAAAUUAUUCCUCUCUGUUAUGUGCAUCUUUGAUCUUCUUCUUUGUCUCAAAUGCGAACUAACUAUUUACCCCUAAAUUACUGUGAUAUAUGUAAUGAUAAAGUGUUGUCAAAUAAUUAACAAAAAGAAAUAAUGCAAUCAGAUUACUCAACACUUAUACCCUUGCACAUACUGAAUAAUUCAGUUGACAAAAAGACGAAAGAAUACACACAUAUGUCCCCUACGUGUUCUUUUCUUGUUUUUCAUACGUUUUUUUAUCGAUUGCGCAAAGGGAGAAGAAGAAGAAGUGGUAGUCGAAGCAGUAGCAGUACAACUAUCAUGCAUUUAUUAAGUUUUGUUUUUUGUGAUGAAAGCUACUUCAUGUACAAUCUUCAGUAAUGAAAAAGGUGAAAACCGCUUUGAAAGGGAACUUAGGUUGCUUUGUUCAUCUAUAAAAAUGUCAUCUUUUGUUCUCCUUCUGUUUUCCUUCAUUUCAAAAGUGUUUCAGUCUUGUCCCUUGUCUCUCGUGUUUUUUGGUUUGUAUAAUUCGGCUAAGACACUUUGUCGGCUUUCUCACCUGUAAGUAAACCGUGAUUAGUCUGCUAUUUAAUUAAAUCUUUGAUUUUACUAAUUAAUAAAUAGUCAACGUGUAGUUGAAACUGUGUACUCAAAAAAUAAAAUAAAUAAAUUGGU